AUGAAGCUCGCUUUAUCUUCUGUUUUUAUUGCUAUUGCUUUGGUACAAAUCACGACGGCAGCACCCCUCGUCGACAAACGUGCGGAGAGGGAGCUCGAAGCUCGUGACGUCAAGGGUUAUGUACUUGCCGAUGACUACUCUUUUGUCGAAGUCAUCGAGAAGCGCGCGGAGAACCUCCAAGAUAUACAUCCAGCUCGUGACCGCAAGGGUUAUGAGAUUGUCGAUGAAUACUCUUUUGUCGAAGUCGUCGAGAAGCGCGCGGAGAACCUCGAAGAUAUAAAUCCAGCUCGUGACCGCAAGGGUUAUGUCGACAAGCGCUCCCCCAACCCGGAUGCUGAAGGCGCCACCCCGCUGGUGUCCGAACCUCCGCACGCCAGAACAACAUGUGGGAACCGGUUUAGCCCGCGCGGCCUGGUGUCUGGCCCAAAUGCCAUUAUAGAGAACGGUUCGAGUCAAUUCUACAGAUUUGGUUGGAAGCAACGCCGUAGAUCCUGCGUGGGCUUGGUUGCAGUAGCUGUGGGACCGUCACAGUUGGCUGACGAACGAGAAAGUAGUGUCGACGAUUUGUUUCGUCCGAGGGUAGAUGUCCGUUGCGUAAGGUUAUUUUAUUGGGAGUGUCGGCUAGACUUAAGAAACUCAGACAUUACUGCUACCCUUUGCAUGAAAAAAACAAUUACCCGAAAAAAGGUGGCCACGUUCGUUCUUGUGGCGAGUUUGUCCACGAAGGACUCGAAACGCUCGACGGAGGAAGGAGUGAUCAAGGUUGUUUUUUUCUUCCACGAGCGACUGGGUUUGACAGGUGAAAUGAAGGACAUGUUAUCACACACGGUCAUGGGGGGUUACAAGACGGCACCCGGAUAUUUCGUCGGCAAUCCGACUCCAUCAUUUCCACACCCAAAAAAUCAGCAAGCUCGUCGAAGCUACGAGCCCACUGGCAGCUAUUUGUCCGUGGACACGGAAGAGCAGGAAGAAAUACUUGAAGAUGAAGAAGAUACUUGGCUCGAUGAGAAGCUAGUCUCUAAGCCAGCCGAGGAUCCGGCCUUCGACAUUGAGGUGGAUGUGAACCUUCACGUGCCAAUUGUUAAGGAAAGUCCUAGUAAUGACCCGGGUAGCACUCAAGGCGACACUACAGAGGAGGAUGAUGCUGAGUUGGAAGGCAUGGACACUGACUGGGAUAGCUUGUGCAUCACCAAAAGUCCCAAACCUAGAUCUACUCAGAUAUGGAAAGUGCAGUUUCUGAGCGUGGAUACAUGGCAGCCGAAAGUAUGA